AUGGCAACAAUGCCAAGAUCUCAACUUGAUUUCUCUGAUCAAAAUGGAUAUGAUUUAUCAGAUUCUCUUAUGGAAUAUAGUAAACAUCUUCGAAAUGCUAAAAAUCAAAAUCGAUUACGAUUAUUAGUUGAUCAAUUACCAAAUGGACGAAAAAGAUUACAUAUAAAAGGUACGGAUGCAUUAUCAAUACCGGCUGAAUUAUAUGAAUUAAGUGAUUUGGAUAUACUUGAUAUGACACCUGAAUCGAAAUCUGGCAUGAUGUAUACGUUAACACGCGUUCCAAUAAAUAUUUGCGUUUUAACUAAUCUGAAAUGCUUACAUUUAGAUAAUAAUGAUAUUGUAACUAUACCUGCUGAAAUCGGUCAAUUACAAAAUUUAGAAGUAUUUACUGCCAGUAAUAAUCAUAUAGCAACAUUACCAGAUCAAAUGCGUCAAUUACAACGUUUACAAUCAUGUCAUUUAGCUAAUAAUAAUAUUGAAGAAAUGCCAUUAUGUUUAUGUUAUUUAUCUAAAAAUUUAUUAUUUCUUGAUUUAUCUCAUAAUUAUAUACGUGAAUUACCGACAAGUAUCUAUCAUCUUAAACAAUUACGUACAUUUUUAUUACUUGGAAAUCGUCUUAAAAGUUUAUCAGAGUCUAUAUGUCAAUUAUCAAAAUUAGAAACAUUAUGGUUAGGUGAUAAUAAAUUAAAAGAAUUACCAAAAAAAAUUACACAACUUAAAAAUCUCGACUGGUAUCAUCAAUGGGAAUUAUCAUCAAAUUUCGAAGGAAAUCCAUUAGAAAAACCACCCAUAAGUGUUUGUCGACAAGGAAUGGAGGCUAUUGAGAAGUUUUUUAAAAAUGUAUAA